AAGAGAGGUUAUUCAAACAUCAAGCAGGUUACUCAAGGAGUUUUGGACUACAAGUGGAAGACGUGAAAGAAAACAAACUAAGCUUGAAGGAAUUAAAGGGCCAUCCACCAAAGGAUAGAUCAAGAAAGAGAAAAGGAAGAAAGGAGAGGAGAGAUGGAUUAACUUUGACCCAACCUUGGUGGAAGUAGGGAAGUUGCGUGACUUCUUUAGGGAAAAUCGAAUGGAAUCAAGCAGUUACCUGAGGCUCAGAUCUUGUGUUGUGCUCCCACACAGCGAAUAUCAGCCCUGCCAAUCACUGUGUGUGUGUUAGUGAGGAUCCUGGCUGUGCUCAGUAUCACGGUGUGCUUAGAACACUAGUAUGAUCUGCUGUUCUGGGCUUUAAGACACCUGUGCAGAGGCACAUGGUGUGAUAACACUGGAUUUUUGAGCCUUCUGUACAUGGUUUUCAGUGUCUUAGAGCAGAUUUCAAUCUCAACUUCAAUUCCAUGUUGGAUUGGUUAUAGAAUUGCUUCUAGAACACAUCGAAACAUAUCGUUUAGCGCUGCAUCCGUUGUUGAGCACAGCUCUUUCUUAAGUCGCGCAAAUAUGCUUGUUUAAUUUCUUGCAGUUUAAACACUCAUUUCGAAUCUGGUGAAAACAGUUGGCAGAUUAGAUAGCGUGUUGAUUUAUGAUCGUUUCAGCGAACCAGACUGUGUUUGCUGUAUCACGGUGUCUUUCUGGCACCGAGGUGCGUAAAAUGACGAUGUGAAUCUCAGCAGGCUCUGCCUCAUCACGAAAGAGAAAAACAAACUCGCAAAAACAGACAAGGUGUGAGAGAGAAAAACAAGAAUUUCAUAAGCGAAAGCUUUUGUGGGAUUCAAAUCUGUGAUGUGGUUAGCCGGCUACCGUUUCAGAUAUAAACACAACAGCCUUCUGCAUAACAAGUAUGAUAUUAUCUAAAAGGACUACUCCAUUAGUGUUUGUAACAUUCAGGCUUGGUUUUUGAGUGCUAAUAAGUGGUUUGACGGUAAAAUUAAGUGUGGAAAUUGCCACACGAUAUGAGUUUCUUUUUACUCUUGAACGUAGAGAUUGGAUUGUUUUAAUUAGCCGCCUUUGCUUGGUUAUUAGCGUAUGCGAUAUUAGUUGCUUGAGGAUUAAAAACGCAGCUAAAGUGUUUUCGUUAACCCUGCACUUAAGGAGCACUGGUGUUUAGUGUAGUAAUUUUGCUGCGGUUUCAGCUGUCUGCUGUGUAGCGUGUGCUGAAUUGUGCAGUCAUCAGCCACAGAGGCCUCAUUGAUCAGCUACCGAGUCUCAAUACACAAUGACACCAGGCCAGCGAUCUCUCCUCCUCUCCUCCACUCCGUCCCUCCUGCUGCGAUCACUCGUUCUGCUCUCCCUCUGCCCGCGGGGUCAGGCUGUGCAGGCUGAGAACGUGACCGUGCUGGAGGGGGGGACGGCCCAGAUCUCUUGUCGUCUUCAGAACUACGACGGUUCAAUCGUGGUCAUCCAGAACCCACGCAGACAGACGCUCUUCUUCAAUGGAACACGAGCACUGAAAGACGACCGUUUUCAGAUGGUUCUUUUCACACCGCGGCUGGUGCGGAUCACGUUGACUAAUGUAAGUGUGUCUGAUGAGGGCGGCUACUUUUGCCAGCUCUACACCGAUGACACACACCACCAGGUGGCGACGCUGUCGGUGGUGGUGCCACCGGAGGUGCCUAUCGUGGAGGUGAAGACAGAGGCAGUGGAGGGUGGAGAGGUGGAACUCACAUGCUUGUCCCCGCGGAGCAAACCACCAGCCACACUGCGCUGGGUUCGAGACCGCCGAGAGAUCGCUGGUGUGAUCUCUCAGCAGGAGAACGGCAAGACUGUGAGUGUUUCCAACACUAUCCGUAUCCCUGUGGAGAGGAAAGAUAACGGAGCGGCGCUGAGCUGUGAGGCGUCUCACCCGGCACUCGUGGGGCAGAAACGAGUUCGUCACUACAGCCUGGACGUUCACUUUGCUCCUACGGUGAAAAUCAUUCCCCCUCAGGGCAUCCUCCGAGAGGGAGACUCCCUCAGUCUCACCUGCUCCGUUACCGGCAACCCACUACCACGUGACAUCCAGUGGUCACGAGUGAACGACACUCUUCCUGAGAGGGCGGAAAAAACAGGCAACAUUCUCCAUAUGUCUCGUCUCAGCCAAUCACACAACGGCACCUACCUCUGUCAGGCGCAUAAUAAUUACGGCCGUGCAGCUGACCACUACACGCUGCUGGUGUAUGUGUCUGUCACUCCCAACUCUCAUCCUACCAUCGCUCACCCCAUCCUUCCAACCUCCAGCUUAACGAAGGAAUACAAAGACCCUGGAGCAGUGGUGGAAACCCACAGUGCCGUUCCGUAUGCAGUGAUCGGGGGCAUCCUAGCUCUGCUGGUCUUCACUGUCAUCUGUGUGCUCAUCGUCACCAUCUGGUGCUCCGUCCGACAGAAAGGUUCAUAUUUGACUCAUGAGGCCAGUGGGUUGGAUGAACAUGGCGAAGUUCAGGAGGCGUUCCUCAACGGUAAUGAUGCCAGCCAGGGCAAGAAGGAGUACCUACUGUAGCGCCGCCCUAGUGGAGCUCUUCAGAAACACUGGACCGCUGCAGAGUGCACACCGCAACACACACUGAUCCCAAACAGACACACCACCACAACGACAACCAGAGGGAAUCACAAUCGUGCCAUAUGAAGAUGGAGUGGGAAGGAGAGGACGGAGACGUUAAUGGAGCAGGGUGGAGAGGGAGAAAGCUGAGAGGAGAGGAUAAUUAUUAUGAUUGAAAGAGAUCAUCACACACACUCUUUCGGUUUUUAGUGGCGUGUACAAUAGGAAACUAGCCGUAAUCGUAGGUCCAGGAGAGAAAAGUGUCCUUUUAAAACAGGCCGAUCCAUAACCGGCCAGGACUGCAUUGCUGCGGGAAGCUGCAAAGGGCUUAUGAGCUAUUGAAUGUCCCAGUGUGAGCAAAUUGAAAUCCCUUGCAUUUGCCAAAGCAUACAGUAUGGGCCUCAGAGACUGAGCUGGUAGAGAAUAACUCCACCAAUGACAAUGCUGAGAGCACAGAGCCGUCCUCAUAAAGUAUUCAUCUGCGCUUUUCAUCCGGCAACUCCAUUAUCUGCUCACGUUGGCCAAAACCUGUUGACUAGUGAAGAAAAGUUCCUCUCAUUUUGAUCCUCUCUCGGUGACUCUCUGUUUUCCGCUCUCCAAUGCUCCUUCCUCUCCCUCCUUUAUCUCUCCACUAUUGUUUGUUAAUAAUUAAGGGAUUAAACAUGUUCUCUUUUAUGAGCGGAAUGAAUUGGAGCGGCCCGCUCGCUCUGACGCUGUAAAAAGGGGCUUAAUUAUCGCAAAGAGUCAUUGGGAACGUGGAACCGCGAGGAGUUCGACUUGGGUGAGAAAAAACAGGAAGGGAGUUUGUAGAGAACAUGUCAGAAAUUUCAAUAUUUUUUUUUUGAUUGCUCAACACGAAAACACUUACACAAUGAAACAUAUCUCUAAAGUCAUUAUUUGUAUGAAAAAGUCUACAAAGUAAGUUAAAUGACUCUUUUAAGAAAAAAAAAAACAUUUACUUUUGCGCGCAUUACCAAGCGAUGCUAUCGUACUAACACAGAAUAUUAGCUUAGAGGUGCAAAACUGAACAAACUACUGUUACGUCAUCUUUAAAAAAAAAAAAUCAAAAUUCACAAAAAUAUAUAUUUCGUUUGUCUUUAAAAGAUAUCGGAGGUCUUAAUUGUUUUUAUUAAUUAUUAUUUGGACUAUUAUGAUUGUUGUUAUUGUUAUUAUUAUUAUUAUUCUUACUGUUAUUAUAAUUGUAAAUGUUAUAAAUUGUAUACUUCCCAUGCUUUAGUUUUAUCAGUAGAAACAGCUGUGUACCCACUUUUCUCUCUCCUCUUUCAUUCUCUUCCUUCCUUCUUGAUCCUCUUUGUGUCUUUCUCCCUAUUUGUCUUUCACGUCUCCUCUUUGUCUUUCACUUCCUGUUUAUUUUAUAGUCUUCGCGUCGCUGUUGAUAUAGCUAACUGUACAUCUUUAUAGGGGAAAGAUACCAAGCACGAAAAAAUAAAAAAUACUUAAAGAA